CCCAGCUGCCGAGAAACAACCGACCUUUAUCCAUCACUCUCGUCCCACCCCACCCCACUCUCCUCUCCUCACCCACCCCCAACUCCCCAUCCUCUAUCUCAUCAACCCAAUCGCCCGUCCCCAAUCUCCUCACCCCCAUCUUUCCCAGCCUCCUACCUCCCACCCGCCCCCUUCUCUCCUCAGGGACCCUUGUCCAGUAGACUGCAGCUCAGACUCCUCCCCUCCCGCCUACCUCUGCCCUUCACACUCCCUGCCUCUCACCUUCUCUCCCCGGCCCCCCUCACCGUCUCUUCCCCCCUCCCUCUCAAAUUCUCUUCCCCCCCUUCUCUCACCGUCUCUUCCCCCUCGCCCCUCGGCUUCUCUUCCCCCGGCCCCUCGCCAUAUCUUUCCCCGCCCCCCCACCUUCCCUCGCCUUCUCACCCCCAGCGCCCCCUCACCAUUUCUUCUUCUUCCCCCCCCCUCUCGCCAUCUCUCCUCCCCCCCCACUUCACCUUCUAUUCCCCUGUCACUGCCCUCACCUUAUCCGUGCUAUCGUACCUUAGCCGUCCUAGUAUUCCCUUAGUCGAUAUGGAGCCGAUCCCCGACGCCGAGAAGUCGGCGCCGACUUGGGCUGACUUUCCCCUUAGACACCGAAUGGGUCGCGGUCUCAGCUUCACCUUCGAGUGGGACGACUUCGCCGCCCUUCGUGACCAGAAGAGAGAGUUCACCGACAGAUGCUUGGGAUUCGCCAUCAGGACCUCGAUCCGGCACAUCGACCCGCAUACCGGGAAACUGAAGCACCGCGACGAGGCCAUCCGCGUGCUGAAGCUAUUCCGCACGGCAGUCCUGGCCGAGCUGGGGCGUCCCGGUAGGCAGUGGGACGGGGCACCGCCAUCACAAGCAGUGGUGGAGGACAGGCUUGCCGACUGCGACCACCCUAUCCGCGACAAAGUGCCAGACACAGUGUCGGACGAGAAGGUCGGCACCGGCAUGCUUGCCGCGACGUCGUUCGGGUGGGUGGCCAAGCAGGUUGACCUGCUGACGGGCGAGAAGGGUCGUGGUGCGGUGAGCAUCGAGAACAUCAAGACAAAGGGGCUAAAGUCGUUGCGAGACAGCAUGGUGGAGUACAUCUGCAAGCGCAUCGCCGAAAAACGCUCUGCGGCGCCGACAUCACAACCCGCCGACAGUGUAAUUGAUGACGACGGCGCGGAAAGACAGACGGCGCCCCAAGCAGCAGUUGCCGCCCAGCAUCAGGGGAACGCGAGGGUGUCUGCGGAAGGAGGAAACGGUGGUGGAGGAGGCAACGCUGCGACAGGCGGAGGAAGGAAGGAAGAGGAGGAGUCGGAGGAGGAUUCGGAGUCGGAGUCGGAGUCUGAGGAGGAGGCGGAGGAGGAGGACGAGGCGGUGAAGCGGAAGGACGAGGAGGAGGACGAGGAGGAGGAGGAGAAGGACGAGAAGGAUGACGGCGAUGAGGAGGAGGAAGGGAAGGAUGAGGAGGGGGAAGGGAAGGAUGGGGAGGGGGAAGGGAAGGAUGAGGAGGGGGAAGGGAAGGAUGGGGAGGGGGACGGGAAGGAUGAGGAGGGGGUGGAGGAAGUGGUGGAGUACGAGGUGGAGUUCGAAGAGGAGGAAGCUGCAGUAGAGGCGGUGGGGUCGGUGGAUGAAAAGAACGAGGAAGCGGAGGAUGGCGAUGCGGGUAAUGAUACGAGGUCGGCGGAUGGGGGGAAGGAGAAGGAUGAGGUCGGCGUGGAGGCAAUGACGGAAAAGGGCCAGGAGGAGGCGGCAUGCGAAGGUGGGAAGGUGUCGGUCGACGCCGGCGAAGCGGCGAACACCACGGGCGUGCAGGAGACGGGGGACGCUUCUGGUCGGCAGGGUAAUGAGCUGGACGACGUCGAGCAGGUGCGACGGGAGAACUGGCUGUUGAGGGCGGAGAACGCUCGGCUAGCGACGUUGCUCGAUGCGGAGCAGGCUCGGCUGGACAGGUUUUUUGUUGGGAUACGUGGACUCGUCGACCACGUGAAGGAGUUGGCCGAGCAGGUCGACGACACCGAGAAGUAUGCGGCGGAACAGCUGCGAAACGCGACGGCGGCCAUGUCGAAGACAAUCACGGGCAACAUCACCGGCAGCUUCGACGAAGCGUGGAAGACGAUGAAGACCUUCGCGGAACAGGCGACGGCGUGGUUGGAGGACUUCGACAACCCGCAGGGUCGUGUGGCAGUUGCACACGCGGUAGCGGUCGACGCGUUGGCCGAGCAUGUGACUGGGGUGGUGGGCGAAGCGCAGCGGGGUUUGGAGCUGUACAUCACGACGCAACUAUCCGCCGCGCAGGUCAACAUCGCCACCGCUGUGACCACCAGGCUCCCCGUGCAGCCGCCGCCACCGCCUCCGCCCACGCCGCCCGCCCUCCCAGAAGAGCUCUUGAAGUCGUUCAAGGCCGACAUUAUGAAGGCGGUGACGGAGGCCACCCAUCAGUCUUUCGUCGCUUCCGGGAUGAAGAUGAUGGCCGAGAUGGUCGGCACUGUGGCGCCUGGUCGACGUGGGUCGUCGCCGUCGGCCAAUGACGCCGAUCACGCGCAACGGAAGACGGCCGACAAGCAGGGCCUGAAGAGGACGGGCAACGGAGACGACAAGGAGAGCGCGAAGGGCGACGCGAAGCGGAGCAAGGGAUCGGACGGGAGCCGCGGCUCGAAGCCUGCGCCACAGAGCGUGGACGACCAGCUGAAGACGAAGGCGGGGUGGAGGGUGAUAAGGACGUCGAACACCAAGGGUGGCGGAAGCGGGACGGCAGAGGGUGGCCCUGCCGACGGGGUUGCGGCUAACGUCACCGCUCAGCCAGGCCCACCUUUGGUCGCCGAGCAGACCCAUCCUCAGGCGAGCGGUGGGAAAGUCGUGACCGACAAGGAGGUCCCAAAUGCUCAGGCGGCGGAAGAUGGCGGCGCCGGAACCACCAAGGGACCGUCCGUGGUGGCCAAGGGCAACGCGAAAGCUGCUUCUGCUACGGUCGCCGGCACCACCAAGUGCCCUCCCCGUAACCCCCCUGCGGCUACCAGCGCGCCUGCCGGCCAGUCAGGUGCGACCAAAGAUGGGGAGGCCCGUGCGGCCCCUCCAGCUACAGGAGCCCCGGCUGCCGGCAAGGGCGGCGCGAAGGCUGCUUCGGCUAAGGGCGCUGCUCCGGCAUCAGCUAAGGGGCCCCCCGGUGCUGACGCGCUCAGGGAGAUGCUCCGCCGCAUGGAGGCACAUAGCAGGGACGUGCAGCAGCAUCCCGUGGUCGAAGCCGGCCUUGCCGGAACAGCACGUCGCUCCGUCACUCCGCAGGUUGCCGGCACAUCGCCCGGGGCCCCACCUGCAGCGCAUCCGGUCGCCGCCCCACCGCCUGCGGACUCCAAGUCAGCAUUUCUGCGCGCCCAUUUAGUCGGACGCAAAGCGGCCGCUCCACCGGUGACUCAGCAGGAACACGGCAAAAGCGCGACGACGACGUCGGUAAACGCGACCGCACCCUCACCAGGUGCAGCUGUGGUCGAUGCGGCGGCGGAGAGGGGAGUGAGUGCAGCGCUAGCCACCAGCGGCCGCGCCGACAAGCAUGCCGAACUCGCUGCCGUCCUGGCCCAUUUUGAUGCAGCAAAACGCCUUGAGCACGCCCCUGCUCUGGCCAUCAUGGACACGGCGCAUGUCGGGCCGUCGGCGACCCACGGUGGGGGAUCGGCGGAGCCGACGGCUGCAACGGGUGCUGUCGCCGAGAGAAAUGCGGGAGGGAAGGGGAAGGUCGACACCGGGAAAGGGAGGGCGGUCUCUCAGAGGAGCACGCGGGCGAUGUCGGCGGGGAAGGAGAUGUCGGAAGAGAAAGGGAAGAAGGCGGAAGGGAGUCAGGACAAGAAGGGCGGCAAGGGUAAGCCGGCGAAGAAGAAGGAGAAGGCGGAGGAGGAUGACGAGGAGGGCGGCGAGGGAGAUAAAGAACGCAGGGGUCAUGGCAUCCGCCAAGACAGGUCCGGCGACGGGCAUGGGUGGGUGGGCGAGAUUAAGGUAAACGGACGGAAUCGAUACAUCGGCAAGUCGAGGGAGAAGAUGGAGCUGGCCUACGAGCACGCGAUUGCAUACGUCGUCUACGACGGCUACGUGAGCAAGGUGCUCAUGAAGGAGCUCACCGUCUUGAAGCCGGGGGAGUUGGAGAAAUGGAAGGAGGUGUGGGAGGAGGUCAAGUUCUUACCGACUGGGUUGUGGACGGUGAUGUGGGCCAGAGGCUUGUGCCAUCCGAGAGCAAGGUAA